AUGGACAAGAGAAGUGUGCAUGAUGUUGUACUUGUUGGUGGUUCUUCUAGGAUUCCAAAAGUGCAGCAACUACUGCAGGACUUCUUUGAGAGGAAGGAUCUGUGCAAGAGCAUCAACCUUGAUGAGGCUGUUGCUUACGGUGCAGCUGUGACAGAAGAAUUUGUUACAAUUGCAGAUAACCAACCCGUUGUCUUUAUCCAGGUUUAUGAAGGUGAAAGAACAAGAGCCACUGAUAACAACUUACUAGGUUCUUUUACACUUUAUGGACUUCCUCCAGCUCCUCGUGGUCAUCCCUUUGAUGAGUGCUUCGCCAUAGACGAAAAUGGUAUCCUAUCUGUUUCUGCUGAGGAAAAAACUUCUGGCAAUAAAAACGAGAUUACCAUAACCAAUGAUCAAGGAAAACUGUUCCUUAGGAAGGCUAAAGCAAUGAAUUAUUUGGAUUAUUACAUUUACAAGAUCAGGCAUUUUUCAAAGAAAGGGGAUGUCAGGUCAAAGAUUGGCCGAGAAGAAAAGGAGGAUGUGAAUUCUGCAAUGAUAAGGGCCACAGAUUUACUAGAUGGCAGUAACCAACAAGAUGAUGUAGCAGUGUUUGAGGAUUGCCUGAAUGAGCUAGUAAACCUCUUUGAAUGUGUCAAGGCGACGGAUGAUAUUGAUUAG